UAGCCUCUUCCUCUCUGGGUGAAAAGGCAAGAACAGGACAAGCUGGAUCAAUAGAAUAUUAUAGUCACUGAGGCCAUUAAAGGUUAAGGUUCAAGAUAUACAAGCCAAAUGUGGCCUUUAGCCUCUGUGGUGCCUAAAUGUCUUCCAGACUAAUAGCAUAAAGGCUGAAUUGUUGCUGCCAAAGGACAGUGUGAGGGCCGAGAUGAGCAAACAGUUCACGGCUAAUUAAAGCGGUGAAAAUAACUUUUUUCCCCCUUGCAUUACUGGAAUCAAAUUCAUUUUGAGUUGAACGCAAAACAUUGUUGGUUUUUUGUUGGCAUAUAACAGUAAAGAGAACCUCAAACUCGGUGUUCAGAUUUUCAUAAUCCUUUUUUCAAACUAUUUAUUAAAAUUGUCAAAUUCCUGAAUUGUUUUGGUUGAUGCAAAUCUGCAUUAUUAUUUAUUUAAAAAAAAUUUUUUUUUUCUGGCAUAAAGCUUUGGUGAAAAUUUUGCCCCGUUUGACUGCAAAUAACUUACUUGGCUCUAGCUUUCUGCUCAUGGGCCUAUUGUGACUGCCCUCUGUCCAUUGUGGGGUGGAUGUUUUGUACUGAGCAUCCUCUGUUCCUGCUGCAGUCAGUAGAAGCUUCCCAUCAGACUCUAUGGGAAUAAAUUCAUGGUCUCAAACUUGGAUGAAUGCUUUUUAAAAUAUCACUGUGCCCUUUAAAACAAGUCUCCUUAUAUAAUUACAAGCUGAAAAGGGAUUCCUUUAUAAUCCUGCAUGUCCACAUCAGCGGGAGGGUGGGAGGUUAGAACCCUUUUGGGAUUUUCAUUAGCAGUUGGCAACUUUCUUUACCACUUAGGUGCAUCUGCUGUUUAUAGACCUCAAGUGUGGCUGCUCUUUGCCUCCAUCUGCAAAGCAGGGUCUUUAUCGAUGGUUAUCCAAGAGGUUUACCGAUAAGGGAUUAUCAAAAUGGACAAGCUUGUAAUUUGUUCUGUGCAGCUUGUUCAAAGCAUAGUUCCUUGCUGCUAUGUUCUACUACUUGGAUUUAAGAAAUUCACCUAAUAUUUCCUGUUGGCUUUGCCAUCUGCUCACACAUGAAUCUGUCUCAUGCAAACUUGAAUUCAGAUCCAAUUCUGAUUUUAAAUAUCCUCCAAGUUGAGAUCCAGUCUUGUUGUAGCAGUGUCAGUCCCAGGGUAUUAGAGAUAGAAGGUGGGUGAGGUAAUAUCUCUUAUUGGACCACAGGGCUGACAGCAGGGUUUGAACCUAGGACUUUGAGCACUAGAUGGAUCAGCCCUUACCACUUGAGCUCAAGGAUUAAGUCCUAUAGCUGGGAAACUGUAGCAGAUUCAACCCUCAUGUAAACCAGACACUAGAGGGAGACAAGUGCUUGGCCCUUGCAUGGAUUAUAUUAGCCAAUGAUUGCUCAGCGCUGCAUGCCGGGUGUGGUCCCAGGAGAUGCCUGACCCCAUAGACCUCUGUGAUCAUUUACUAAUUCACUUAGUAGCCUAACUUUGAUCACUUGCGCUGCAGCUCAGUAACCAUAUGUUGCUCAUUUUCCUUCCAGCUGGAAACAUGCCUCUGUCACAGAGUAACAUGCAUCAGGCCCCCUGCAACAGGAAGAUCUGCCGAAACCUCUUUGGCCCGGUGGAUCAUGAGCAGCUCCAGAAUGACUUACAGGACUUGAUGAGGAGACAUCUGGAAGAAGCUCAACACAGGUGGAAUUUUGACUUUGAGACAGAAACACCGCUGGAAGGCAAGCUCAAGUGGGAGAGAGUCCUCUAUCCUGACAUGUCUCCUGCUUGCCUGCCUUCUGAGGACCCGAGCCACUCCAAAGGGAAUGAUGGGGAGAAGAACCAGAGCUCUCCAGCACGUAAGAUUUCUACAAAGGAUCUUAACGUGGCCCUCUCAAGUGAAGCAGUACAGACGGGCUCUGAGUCCCGCAAGACCAGCCCCCCACGGCACCUGAAACGCAAGCAGACCAGCAUAAAAGAUUUCUACAGUUCGAAGCGGAGGAUUGUCCCUUGCAAGCCAAAUCCAUGAUGCUACAGCACAAGUUGUUCUGCUUCUGUGUGCCUCUUGGCUGGGGCACAGUCAUCAGGAUGUGUCUUCAACUACUAACCCUACUGGUCCUCUGCAGUCCUCUAGGAAGACCGUUUCUAUUGAAGUCUGUGGAAGGGUUGCCUUAGGGGCUGAAUGAAGUCUGUGUAAGGACUUAGCGGCAGGAAGACUUAGUUAGAGGCCUCCCUCUGCAUUGUACUGUAUGCUGCCUACUGGAUCUGUCUAUUAUGAAGUGAUGUAGAGUUUAGUGUCGUAUUUAUGAAUAGGGCUAGGUGUCUAUGGACCCACUUGUGUGCAAUGUGUAUUGUGAAGGCUUUAUUUAAAAUAGAUGUGGAAUAUUUGAUUACCUCCUUUCGUAGGCCUUGGAGAAGAGGGAAUGAUAAAUGCUGAAAAUUGAGCCUUCAGAACAGGCCAGUGUGACACUCAACAAGGAGGGGUAGGAAUGAGAGUGGUAAGUCUCAACCCCCCCUGACCAGCUAUAGCCUUGCCCUCAGGACCACAGGGUAAAAGGGGUGGGUGGAGGAGAGAUGGGCCUAGAUCUUAAGCUGCUGUAAAGAAUGUUUUACUUUCACUGAGGUCAAGUGUAAAAGAGCAUAGCUCCCCAGCUGAGGCUCUGGCCCAUGGCAACUGGUCCUCAUGGCCAUGGGAUGCUUAUGUACAUGCUCUUCUAAAGCCUCACUCCUGCUCCUGGGCAGCAUCAACACUCUCCAGCUGCCUGGGCAGGAGUUAGCUGUGAGUGCAGUGGGCCUGCACUGGUAGAAGGGUAUCUGUCUCAAGCUGGGGCUCUGCUUCCUGAAAAGGAAUGCUUAAGGUGGGGGUGGGAAAGGAGAUGUGUGUUGCCCAUAAAACAAGCAUCCCUGACUGCAGGGCCUACCUGAAUUAGCAGGGAGUGGAUGCUUAGCUGGGUAACCGGAUGGCACAUCCAGCUUUCUCCCUGGCUAGCUCAGAUCAAGUUCUGCUUGGUGUUUAAACUUUGCCCUCUGCUUGCUGACUUGAGGAACGGAAUAAUUUGUAGCUCCAUUCCUUGGGCCGUUCUUCUGCAUUACAGGGAGGCUGGCAGUAGGAGAUGGGGAUUGAGGAUUGUGGGGGAGGGGGGUGGAUUCUGGCAGGGUUAGACAUCUCCUCUGCUAAUACCUGCCAGUCCUGUUCACUACUUGUAAAGCUGCUUGAUGCACCCUUGAGUGGAAACAGACUACUGAUGCCACCUGGUUGUGCCCAGGCCCAAAUGCUGCACUGGCAGAUUUCAGCACUAGCCUGAGAGCAGAAUUUGUCUAAGACUCACCUUUAGUCCCCCCUGCUCUUGUCAGAAUAUACCACCACCUCCUGCCACUAGGCUGUUGCAGGGUGUGUUCUGUGUGGGAUCCAUCUACUCAGCAAUUGCUAGACUUUGUGAUUGCUACAGUAGAAUUGCAGCACCACUCUACAGCAGGGCUAAUUCCCUUCCCACUUCCCCCUCCAGAAGGAGGUUUAGCUGCUGGUCUCCCUCAUUAUGUGGUGGUUCAUGUCAUGGCUUCAGCAGUUCGACUCACUGCAUGUCGUCCUCUUGUGUUAGGGGCCAAAUUCUCGUGGCUCCUGCUGCUGGUUCUCAUGGCCGGUUUGUUUGUCCACAAAGGCUGCAAUCUCUGUUCGAAAUGGUCUCAAGAAACAUCAAAUUCUUAGGCACUUUCUCUCAGUGAUGGGUUCAUCCCCUCUGCUAAUGGAGUUGGACUUCUAACCCUGGUCAGAACAGAUCCCUUCACACCCCCACUCCUUGCUGCACUUUGCGUUCAGGGUAACGCCAGCAAACUUUCAGCACUAAUACUUGUAUCUGUAAAUAAAAUGUUGCUGCAUUUAUUGGAAAAAUCUAGUUUAAAAAUGUAACUUUAUUAUGAAUAAACACUAUGUAUAAAUGAG